AUGGCCGAGGAAGCAUCGAAAAUCAGAAGCGAAGAAGAAACUCCGGCAGCCGGACCAUCGAGAAAUACUGAAGAAAAUCAACCUUGUCACGAACUCUCCGCCGUAUCCGUACAGUCAAGACUCCUACCAUUUUGGCGCGAAAUUCCACGAGCAUGGUUUAUACAAUUCGAAGCCGUCGUCGAACCUCUCAAGACAUCGGACGACAUGAAGUUCCGCUACGUUCUUCAACAGCUGCAAAACACAGAUCUCCAGCAUCUCACUGACAUCCUCUACAACCCGCCUAAGAAAGACAAAUACGCAACGAUCAAGAACCGCCUGCUCACCGUCUACGAGAAAUCAGAAGUCCAAAAUUUCCAGAAGCUCAUCAGCGGCCUAGAACUCGGCGACCAGAAGCCUACACAGCUGCUCCGAAGGAUGCGAGAAUUAGCAGGCGGCAUGAUCACUGAAGAUGGUCUAAAAAUAGAAUGGCUCAAUCAUUUGCCGCCUUACAUACGUUGCGUGCUCUCCGUAAACAAUGAAUCAUCACUAGACACACUCGCAGCGAUGGCCGAUAAAAUGAUGGAGUAUUCCGGCGACAACAACACUAUUGCAGCAGUCUCGUCGUCGUCUGCACCGUCAACCAGCAGAGAAAAUAGCGUCAUAGAAAUGAUGUCCAAGAAAAUCGAAGAGCUUACAGUUUAA